GUGCGGAGAGGACAGCCCGGGUCCCGGAUUCCUCGGCCUGUGUCGGCCCCUCGCGGGCUGCUCGAGACGAGGGGAGGGAGGGGGGCGAUGGCUCGGCCUGACCCGUGCGCGCCGCCUUCGCUGCUGCUGCUGCUCCUGACACAGCUGGCGGGUCGGGCGGCGGCCGCCUCCAAGGCCCCUGUGUGCCAGGAAAUCACGGUGCCCAUGUGCCGGGGCAUUGGCUACAACCUGACGCACAUGCCCAACCAGUUCAACCACGACACGCAGGACGAAGCCGGCCUGGAAGUGCACCAGUUCUGGCCGCUGGUGGAGAUCCAUUGCUCGCCCGACCUGCGCUUCUUCCUGUGCUCCAUGUACACGCCCAUCUGCCUCCCGGACUACCACAAGCCGCUGCCGCCCUGCCGCUCGGUGUGCGAGCGCGCCAAGGCCGGCUGCUCGCCGCUCAUGCGCCAGUACGGCUUCGCCUGGCCCGAGCGCAUGAGCUGUGACCGCCUCCCCGUGCUGGGCCGCGACGCCGAGGUCCUGUGCAUGGAUUACAACCGCAGCGAGGCCACCACGGCGCCCCCCAGGUCCUUCCCGGCCAAGCCCACCCUCCCGGGCGCCCCAGGCGCCCCAUCCUCCGGGGGCGAGUGCGCCAGCGGAGGCCCCUCGGUGUGCACGUGCCGGGAGCCCUUCGUGCCCAUCCUGAAGGAGUCGCACCCGCUCUACAACAAGGUGUGGACGGGCCAGGUGCCCAACUGCGCGGUGCCCUGCUACCAGCCGUCCUUCAGCCCGGACGAGCGCACGUUCGCCACCUUCUGGAUCGGCCUGUGGUCCGUUCUGUGCUUCAUCUCCACCGCCACCACGGUGGCCACCUUCCUCAUCGACAUGGAACGCUUCCGCUACCCCGAGCGCCCCAUCAUCUUCCUGUCGGCCUGCUACCUGUGCGUGUCCCUGGGGUUCCUCGUGCGCCUGGUCGUGGGCCACGCCAGCGUCGCCUGCAGCCGGGAGCACAGCCACAUCCACUACGAGACCACGGGCCCGGCGCUGUGCACCGUCGUCUUCCUGCUGGUGUACUUCUUCGGCAUGGCCAGCUCCAUCUGGUGGGUCAUCCUGUCGCUCACCUGGUUCUUGGCGGCCGGCAUGAAAUGGGGCAACGAGGCCAUCGCGGGCUACGCGCAGUACUUCCACCUGGCCGCCUGGCUCAUCCCCAGCGUCAAGUCCAUCACGGCGCUGGCUCUGAGCUCCGUGGACGGGGACCCGGUGGCCGGCAUCUGCUACGUGGGCAACCAGAACCUGAACUCGCUGCGUGGCUUCGUGCUGGGCCCACUGGUGCUCUACCUGCUGGUGGGCACGCUCUUCCUCUUGGCGGGCUUCGUGUCUCUCUUCCGCAUCCGUAGCGUCAUCAAGCAGGGUGGCACGAAGACGGACAAGCUGGAGAAGCUCAUGAUCCGCAUCGGCAUCUUCACGCUGCUCUACACGGUGCCCGCCAGCAUCGUGGUGGCCUGUUACCUGUACGAACAGCACUACCGGGAGAGCUGGGAGGCGGCCCUCACCUGCGCGUGCCCGGGCUCCGACGCGGGCCAACCGCGCGCCAAACCCGAGUACUGGGUGCUCAUGCUCAAGUACUUCAUGUGCCUGGUCGUGGGCAUCACGUCGGGCGUCUGGAUCUGGUCUGGCAAGACCGUGGAGUCUUGGCGGCGCUUUACCAGCCGCUGCUGCUGCCGCCCGCGGCGGGGCCACAAGAGCGGUGGCGCCAUGGCCUCCGGGGACUACGCGGAGGCCAGCGCCGCGCUCACUGGCAGGACCGGGCCGCCGGGCCCCGCCGCCGCGUACCACAAGCAGGUGUCCCUGUCGCACGUCUAGGAGGAGAAGGAGGAGGAGGCCGAGGCGGAGGCCCGGCCCCGCCCCUGCACCCGUGCUGGAAGUGGAGGGGG